AUGUGGGGCGGGCUGCACCCCCAGCCCGGCUUGCGCGGCUACAAGGCGGGCUCAGAUUAUUCCUCAGUGGGAUGGUUACCUGGUACUGAAUCCCUGUGGCAGUCCUCAACGAUUUCAUCAAGCAGUCAAAACAAUCCUGUGAGAAGACAUAGCAUAGCUUCUGACAGCGGGGACACUGGGAUUGGUACCUCCUGUUCUGACAGUGUGGAAGAUCAUUCAACUUCAAGUGGUACAUCAUCAUUUAAGCCCAGCCGAUCACUGGUUUCUAUUCCCACUGCCCAUGUGAUGCUGUCUAAUGCCAGCUCUUCACUUUCCAAACACAGGGAAGCUUUCAAGUCUGAUGGCUCAAAAUGGAGUACAAGCUUUGUACGGUCAGGAGGAGGCAGAAAUCAGGGAGCCCUGGACAAUUCUCUUGACAUGAAAGAUGCAAGACCUGUAAGAAAAUGGUCCUCCUUGUCUAAACUCAGCUCACCAAAUAAUUUCAGCCAAGAUGGAAGUAGUCAUUCAGUGGAGUACAGGGCUGGUACAGACAAAGCUGUCCCACCUCAGUUAAGGACAAACGGGCCAACUUGUUUGCAUGACAGCAUGGAGCUGUUAAAAAUUGAGGACAAAGAAAUGGGGAAAAAACGAUCUUCUCUGCUGGACUGCAAAUACAAAUUUGAAACAUGCAGCAAAGACGACUUUGUUUCAGACUCCCCAAGUAGGAUUCAUGCCUUAGACUCGACCUACAGUGCCUUACCUGAAAGCAAACCUACGGCAGGCGGCUGCGAAGCUUUCGGCCAGAGAUACGCAACACUGGGACAGCAGGCUGUGAGCGGAGCUCCCAUACAGCCGGCGGUGAGGACUCAGAUGUGGCUCAAGGAGCAGCUACGGGCAAAUCCCCUGGACUGCAGGCCUGCUGGGGAGCCCUAUGGCAUGGCUACAUGGCACAUGCAGCAGCUCGAGGAUUUUAGAGUAGCAGGUGACCAGCCUGUGCAGGUUUCACCUGGAACAUCUCGUUCAAAUUAUCCAGCUACCAGCUAUCAGGACUCCAGCAACUGGGAAUCUCUAAUGAAAAUCAAAGAAGGGCUGCUAAGACAGAAGGAGUUUGUGAUUGAUAGGCAAAAUCAGCAAAUUAACAAUUUACAUCAGAAGAUAAGGGAGAAUGAAAUACGAGCUCAACAUGCAAGACUGAGCCAUCUUGUGAACUGUGAAGAUCCAUACCUGACUAACUUACAGCAACCACAGUAUGAGAGCACACCACUGCAACCCCACAUUUCAGAAAUAUCAGCAUCCCACCUCCAGGAGCUUGAGCGAAAGAUUGCAGCAGCUGAGAACAAGGAAUUGCAACUCAGUGAAAUUGUGAAACAACUUUCAAACAAAUCUAGUGAGGAGAAAAAGAAGAUGGAGGAGAAACUUAAAACUAGAGACCGAUAUAUUACUAGCCUGAAAAAGAAAUGCCAGAAAGAGUCUGAGCAAAACAAAGAAAAACAAAGACGAAUUGAAACCUUAGAAAAAUACCUGGCUGACCUUCCAACGCUCGAUGAUAUAGAAGGGCAGACUAAACAGCUGCAAAUUCUAGAAGAGAAGAACAAGCAACUUCAAGAAAAUGUGGCUGAGUUGGAAAAGAAGCUUGGAGAGGCCCGGUCGCAGUGCAGAGAGAGAGAAUUACAGCUGGCAUCUCAGAAGAAAAAAGAAAAAGAGCUGGUCACAACAGUGCAGAGUUUACAACAGAAGGUAGAAAAAUGCCUGGAGGAUGGUAUCCGGCUUCCUAUGUUGGACACAAAACAGCUUCAGAGUGAGAAUGAAUGUCUCAAAGAGAAGAAUGAGAAAGCCAGUAAGGUCAUAGACAAUCAACAAAAUCAGAUAACUGGACUGUUUCUGGACAUGCAGUCUAUGCAAGAGAAACUUUCACAAGAAAAGCUGAUAAUUCAGAAGAUGACAAAUGAGCUUGAGGAAAAAGAAAGACAUAUAGAGCAGUUGAAUAAGACUCUUUCUGAAAACCAAAGACUGGUGGAAGAGAAUGCCUGCCUGAAGGAGCAGAUGCGGCUGGUGGAGCAGUCCAGGCAGCCAGUAUCUGAGAAGAUGCCUGUAGCAGACCAGUUGUUCAAGGAAAUGUCCCACUGCUUAUUUGACUUGAAAGCACUGUGCAGUAUUCUCACCCAGAGAGCUCAGGGCAAGGAGCCUAACCUUUCCUUACUGCUGGGAAUCAGAUCACUGAGCUGUUCAUCUGAAGAGAGUGAAAAUUACCACAGCACAGAGACCCUUUCAAAGAAGCUCUUGGACGUUUGUCAGCUGCGGAAGGAUAUUGAUGAGUUAAGGACUAUGAUGUCGGACCGUUACGCUCAGGACAUGGGGGACAACUGCAUCACUCAGUGA